UGUUGUGUCGUGCUGCUUUGCAUGCGGCCACUUUUCUCUCUCUCUCUCUCUCUCUCUCGCUCUUUCUCUUGCACGAGUUCGAGAGCCAAAUAAAAUACGCGCGCAAAUUUGUUAUAUGCCGAUUGAUCCGAGUCCAUAGAAAAGUUUAUUGUCAAAGUGUUGUUCACUGUGCUCGACGCAUUUUCAUUUUCGUUUAUUUUGUUCUUUUCAAUGUAAUAUCUCGAGAUUGACCAAAAAAUUGUGUGCUUCGUAUUUGUAUUGUGCUUUGGUAUAUUUUUGAAUUCACAUAAGGGAGAAAAGCAGUUCUUCGUUCAAGAUAUUUUGCACCUAACGAAUUGUGGCUGAUUAACGACCGCAUCGAGAAUGAAGUCGCUGAGGACGUUGUUGCCCGCUCUGCUGCUGGUAUGCCUCGUCGUGCUCGCGAGGAUCAACGAUGCCGAGGGCUGCUCGUGCUCCUACACCCAUCCUCAGACUCACUUUUGCACUUCGGAUUUCGUUCUGGUCGUUAAGGUGAAAGAGCGCAUCCCAUUGGAGCACGAGACCGCGUACAGAGUAAAAAUCAACCGAAAGUUCAAGCUGUCGAACGAGAGCCACAGCCAGAGCCUGCUGGAAGGUCGGCUCUACACGGCGAGCAUGGACUCGGUCUGCGGCGUCCACUUGAACGUCGGCGAGACUUACAUAGUCAGUGGCCGGGUUUACGAGGGCAAGCCGAGGAUAGGCCUGUGCAAUCUCGUCCAGCGCUGGUCCGGUGUCAGCCGCCGGCAGAGGCGAGCCUUCAAGGGUCUCUACGCCAAGGGAUGCAUGUGUGACGUGAGCUAUACGCCGUUCGAGCGCAAAGGUGAGGCGCUGCAUCGCGCCAAGGGCCGAUUAUGCCCUUGGGAGGCGAAUCCCGGCCCGACGGACUGUCAGGAGCAGCACGGCGUCUGCGUGAUGAAUCAGGGCCGCUGCUUCUGGAUGCCAUCGAGAUCCUACGACCAGUGCAUUCACGAGCAUCAUCAGGAAAGAUUGAAGAAUAAUCAGCGGAUGCGGGACUUUAUGCCGUGAGAGAUAAUCGCGAUGAUCUAGCGCAUUUAUUUCUCGGCGCAAUAUCGAAAUCGACACCACCGUACACCGCUUCGAUACGCGUGUUUUACUCUUAGGUUCUUUUAUUUAUCAUUAUUAUUUGCUCGCUGUUAAAUUUUAUUGAUAAUGAUAAUUUAUAUGAUUAUAUAUAUAUAUAUCUAUGCGUAUAUGGCUACUGUUAGCUGUAACAGCGAUAUUUCGUAUGUGAAUUCAGACGAUUAGAUGAUUUGCAUCGAACUUUUAGAGCAAAACGACUGACAUAUGUUUCAAUGCUCAAAAAUGUACAAAUCGCUUUUCUUUUUAACUUUUAUUAUUUGGGACUGGUCAUAAAUUACUAUGUAUACGUAGCCCUAUUAAUUAUCUCAGCGAAAAAUUGUACAUAUAUUUUUUAUUCGAUGAAAAAUUGUUGAAUUUUAAACCAAUAAUGUGUAUAUAAGGUAGCAAAAACGUAUUUUACGAUGCCUCACUCCAACUAUAGUAAUUUGAAAAAAAAUGUAUGCCAUCAUUACUUGCUUUUUUGAUUUUACGAAUGAACAAAAUGAAAAAACGCGAUCAAAUUAAAAUGUUAACUUCCAUAAAUGAUUGUUUAUUUAUAAUUUCAAUCUACAGAUUGCAUGAAGCAAAAUGCGUUGGGGAUAGCAAGCUCGCUUAUGAUUUCCACCAACUCGACCUAUAUCCAUAAAUUACGUGCAUGUGUGUAGAUGAACCAUGUACAUCAUUGACGUCAUUUAUAACUUUAAAUAUCGAGAGCCAUCAAAAUUGAAUCAAAUUUCAUCGGUUUAGGAGAAAAUCGUUUUUUUGUUUGUUAAACCCAAUCGAAAAAGCAGUGUCGUCUGGUGGUUCACGUCAAAUAAAACAAAGAUGAAAAAAGUUUUCGAAUAAAUGAAAAGAACAUUUCAUUUAUCAUAUGAUCCGAAAAUGUUAAAAUUUAAUAACUGUGUAUUGCUUAGCGACGUGUUUGCAUUGUUUAUUUUUCACGCUUAUAUCCAAGUAUUAUUGAUUUAUAGUUUAUGUAAGCUUAAAAUUAAUUCGAUUAUACCUAUCUACGUAGGUUUGGAUGUAGAAAAAAAUUCUUUAGAGCAAUAAACUUGUAAUCUAAGUUACCAAAAUGGAAGGAACAAA